CUGGAGGCAUCGGGCUGACGCCGAGCUACCGGGGCGUCACGUGACACAGCGGCAGCCAGAUUAUGGUGACUGGAGAAUCGCACCGGCGGUGCCAGUGACCAUUCGGCGACAUGUCUAUACAGUACCCCGGGGAGGAACAACUGAGCUAUGGCGUGGCCGACUCCUUCCCCAAGGACUUCGGCUACGGGGCUGAUGAGUCAGAGAUGGACGAGAGCUCGACCUCUUCAGACAGCAAACCCCGGAUCCUGCUCAUGGGGAUGAGACGCAGCGGCAAGUCUUCCAUCCAGAAGGUUGUGUUUCACAAGAUGUCACCAAAUGAAACUUUAUUCUUGGAGAGCACCAACAAGAUCUACAAAGAUGACAUUUCUAAUAGUUCUUUUGUCAAUUUUCAAAUCUGGGACUUUCCAGGACAAGUGGACUUUUUUGACCCCACCUUUGAUUAUGAAAUGAUCUUCAGAGGGACAGGAGCAUUAAUUUAUGUAAUUGAUGCACAGGAUGACUAUAUGGAAGCACUAGCAAGACUUCACGUGACAGUUACCAAAGCCUACAAAGCAAAUCCUGAUAUGAAUUUUGAGGUUUUUAUUCAUAAAGUAGAUGGUUUGUCAGAUGAUCAUAAGAUAGAAACUCAGAGAGACAUUCAUCAGAGAGCUAAUGAUGACCUUGCAGAUGUUGGGCUAGAAAAACUUCAUCUGAGCUUCUACUUGACAAGUAUUUAUGACCACUCUAUCUUUGAGGCAUUCAGUAAAGUUGUGCAGAAACUUAUUCCACAGUUGCCAACUUUAGAGAACUUGCUAAAUAUUUUUAUAUCUAAUUCAGGCAUUGAAAAGGCCUUCUUGUUUGAUGUGGUCAGUAAAAUCUACAUUGCCACAGACAGUUCUCCUGUAGAUAUGCAGUCGUAUGAGCUGUGCUGCGAUAUGAUAGAUGUAGUAAUAGAUGUUUCAUGUAUAUACAGUUUGCAUGCUGAAUGUAAUGGGACUGCAUAUGACAAGGAGUCCAUGGCAAUUAUCAAGCUGAACAACACAACAGUACUCUAUUUAAAAGAAGUGACAAAGUUUCUAUCGCUCGUCUGUAUUCUCAGAGAAGAAAGCUUUGAACGAAAAGGUUUAAUAGACUACAAUUUUCACUGCUUUCGAAAAGCCAUUCAUGAGGUAUUUGAGGUAGGAGCUGCCACGCACAGGACCUUCAGCCAUCAAGCCAGCAGUCCCAACCUUAAUGCAGUGACUCACAAUGGCACUGCGAACACGGUCUAAACUGAAAU